AUGGAUUUCCUUCUGGCGCUGGUGCUUGCGUCCUCUCUCUACCUGCAGGCGGCUGCGGAGUUCGAUGGGAGGUGGCCCAGGCAAAUAGUGUCAUCCGUUGGCCUGUGCCGUUAUGGAAGAAGGAUUGAUUGCUGCUGGGGCUGGGCUCGCCGGUCCUGGGGACAGUGUCAGCCUUUCUACGUCUUAAGGCAGAGAAUAGCCAGGAUAAGGUGCCAGCUCAAAGCUGUGUGUCAACCACAGUGCAAACAUGGUGAAUGUGUGGGACCAAACAAGUGCAAGUGUCGUCCUGGAUAUGCUGGAAAAACCUGCAAUCAAGAUGAACACUUCUACCCAACUCCUCUUGACCAAGGCAGUGAACAGCCUCUUUCCCAACCCUUGGAUCAUCCAGCUACAAGUUUACCUUCGAGGGAUCUAAAUGAAUGUGGCCUGAAGCCGCGGCCCUGUAAGCACAGGUGCAUGAACACUUAUGGCAGCUACAAGUGCUACUGCCUCAACGGAUAUAUGCUCAUGCCGGAUGGGUCCUGCUCAAGUGCCCUGACGUGCUCCAUGGCAAACUGUCAAUACGGCUGUGAUGUUGUAAAAGGACAGAUACGAUGCCAGUGCCCCUCUCCUGGACUACAGCUGGCUCCUGAUGGGAGGACUUGUGUCGAUAUUGAUGAAUGUGCUACUAGAAGAGCCUCCUGCCCUAGAUUCAGGCAGUGUGUCAACACUUUCGGGAGCUACAUCUGCAAGUGUCAUAAAGGCUUCGACCUCAUGUACAUUGGAGGAAAAUAUCAAUGUCAUGAUAUAGAUGAAUGCUCUCUUGGUCGAUAUCAGUGCAGCAGCUUUGCCCGAUGUUACAACGUACAUGGGUCCUACAAGUGUAAAUGUAAAGAUGGAUACCGAGGCGAUGGACUGAGUUGUGUGUAUAUUCCAAAAGUCAUGAUUGAACCUUCAGGUCCAAUUCAUGAACCAAAGGUAAAUGGUACUGUUCUAAAGGGUGAUGAAGGGCACAGUAAUUGGAUUCCUGAUGUUGGGAGUACAAGAUGGCCACUGAAGAUACCAUAUACUCCUCCUGUUAUAACCAGCAAGCCCACUUCUAAGCCAACAACAAGACCUGUACCAAAGCCAACACCACAACCUACCCUACCACUACCGCUACCACCAGCAACAGAGUUCAGAACAUCUCCACCACCAACAACAGAAAGGCCAACCACAAGACUGACAACUAUGACACCAGCUACCAGUACAUCUCCAAGAAGGAUAACAGUUGACAACAGGAUACAGACUGAUCCUCAGAAACCCAGAGGAGAUGUGUUCAUUCCACGGCAGCCUUCAAAUGACUUAUUUGAAAUAUUUGAAAUAGAAAGAGGAGUCAGUGCAGAUGAUGAAGCAAAGGAUGAUCCAGGUGUUCUGAUACACAGUUGUAAUUUUGACCAUGGACUUUGUGGCUGGAUCAGGGAAAAAGACAGUGACUUGCACUGGGAACCAAUCAGGGAUCCAGCAGGUGGACAAUAUCUGACAAUCUCAGCAGCCAAAGGCCCAGGGGGAAAAGCUGCUCGCUUGGUACUACCUCUUGGCCACCUCAUGCAUUCAGGGGACCUGUGCCUGUCAUUCAGGCAUAAGGUGACUGGGCUGCACUCUGGCACACUCCAGGUGUUUGUGAGAAAACACGGUGCUCAUGGAGCAGCCCUUUGGGGAAGAAAUGGUGGCCAUGGCUGGAGGCAAACCCAGAUCACCUUGCGUGGGGCUGACGUCAAGAGCGUCAUCUUCAAAGGUGAAAAAAGGCGUGGUCACACUGGGGAGAUUGGAUUGGAUGAUGUGAGCUUGAAAAAAGGCCACUGCUCUGAAGAACCCUAG